AUGGGAGAUUUCUCUAAGCAACAGCUAAUAGAUAAGGUUAACAAGUUGAAGAAGAGGUUUAGAGAUAGUCAGGCGAGAGAUACCGAUGAUGAAGAAUUGUUCAGAUUGUCAAAGGCCAUAUGGGUUUAUGAGGAGAACAAGGACCAGACAAAGUGUAUUGUGCUGAAGGAGGAUGUGCCUUGUGCUGAGCACGAACGGGUGGUGAGAAAUGCGAAUACUGAGGUUAACAAUGGUGAGGAAGAAGAUGGUGUGGGUGAUUUGUGUGUUAUAAAGCACGCGCUUGAGGCGGCGGCAUCAUAUCAGAGUUUAAGUGAAGAUCUAAGGAAGUUUCUGCUUGGAAACUUGAAAAAUGUUGGAGCUAAUCAAAGAAAAGAGUUGACUGAUGGAUGGACAGCAUUGCUUGCCAAGGACACGGAAUUGGAUAUCAAGAAACGAACCUUCUUUGCAAAGCUUGUAAACAUGGGAUUUGUUUCUGCGCCUUAA